AUGUCGCUGCUGCUGGCGCUGCCGGAGCUGUCGGACGACCUCCUCGGCGAGGCAUUCCUCCGCCUGCCGCCGGACGACCCCGCGUGCCUCCUCCGCGCCUCCCUCGCCUGCAAGCGCUGGCGCCGCAUCCUCGCCGACCCCGUCUUCCGCCGCCGCCACCGGGAGCUCCACCGGACGCCAUCAGUCAUGGGGUUCCUCUGCUUCGCGGAGGGAGACGCGCCGUACGCGUCCCGCUUCGUCACCAACAACCCAGCCUCCGGCGGCCGCCCCGCCGCCCGUGACCUCCCGGGGCGGCAUGUGCUCGACUGCCGCCACGGCCGCGUCCUCUUCCUCGCGCCAAGACCAAGCCUCGGCACCGAGCUAAGCUACGAGCUCGUCGUCUGGAACCCCUUGACGAACGAGCAGCGCUGCUUGCCCCGUCCCUCGCCUCCACUCAUGGACGUAGCUGGCGGCUACUUCAACGCCGCCGUGCUCUGCUCCGCCGCCAUGGAAGGCUGCGACCACAGCAUGUGCCAUGGUGGCCCUUUCCGCGUGGCCUUGGCCUGGGGUCACGGUCUUGUCAUGCAUGCUCGUGUCUACUCGUCGGAGAAGGACAGUUGGAGCGAGCCCAUCUCCGUUCAGCAUCCCCGUCGAAUGCUGUUUCAUCCCAUGCUGCCAUACCCUAGCACCAUUGUAGGAGACACUCUCUACUUCCAUUACAGCUUGAAGUAUGCCUUGGAGUACCAGCUUGGUGCACAGCGCUUAUCCAUCAUCGAAGAGCCUCCACGGCAGGUGCCUAAAAUUUCGGCGUUUUUCGUGAGGCCCAUGGGGGAAGAUGGGCUGGGAUGCAUGGACGUCGAGGAGGACGAAACAAGCCUCCGUCUACAACUAUGGUCAAGGGAAGCAGCAGGUUCAGACAGUGAUGGAGUUGCAGGAUGGACAAAGGGCAGGGCCAUAGAUCUUGAGAAACUGCUACCUAAUGGUGCCCUACCAUCUCCACGGUGGACAUCUGUGCCCUCUUCUAGGCUUUCGAGUGUACAACUGCUCGGAUUUGCGGAGGGCACUGAUGUCAUCUUUGUGGGCACAUGGGCGUGUAUAGUAUAUGUUGCUAAUAAAUACGACCUACUUGCAUCUAUGUGCUGCUAUGUUAAUUAUUCUACAUCAUUUAGCUGUAUGCCUAUAUUUGAUUCGUUUGUUAAUGUCUAG